AACUUGGGAGCGCCGAGUGAGUCCGCGCGGCGAGCAGCGGAGCGGGACGCGCGUCUCGGCCGCUGGCCCGACUUCUGCCUGCGCUCCCGCUCCGAACGCUCCGUCCCGGGCACGCGCCGACGAUGAAGACACCGUGGAAGGUGCUCCUGGGACUGCUGGGGCUUGCGGCGCUCGUCACCAUCAUCACCGUGCCCGCGGUUCUACUGAGCAGAGGCAAUGAUGCUGCAGCUGAUAGUCGCAGAACUUACACUCUCACUGAUUAUUUAAAAAAUACUUUUAGGAUGAAAUUCUACUCCUUGCGGUGGGUUUCAGAUCACGAGUAUCUCUACAAACAAGAUAAUAAUAUCUUGCUAUUCAAUGCUGAAUAUGGAAACAGCUCCGUUUUCUUCGACAACAGUACAUUUGAGAAAUUUGAACAUUCCAUAAAUGAUUAUUCAGUAUCUCCUGAUGGGCAGUUUAUCCUCUUAGAGUACAACUAUGUGAAGCAAUGGAGACAUUCUUACACAGCUUCAUAUGACAUUUACGAUUUAAAUAAAAGCCAGCUGAUUACAGAAGAGAGAAUUCCAAACAAAACACAGUGGAUCACAUGGUCACCAGAGGGUCAUAAAUUGGCUUAUGUUUGGGAGAAUGAUGUUUAUGUUAAAAAUGAACCAAAUUCAUCAAGUCAUAGGAUCACAUGGACCGGGAAAGAAAAUGUAAUGUAUAAUGGAAUAGCCGACUGGGUUUAUGAAGAGGAAAUCUUCAGUGCCUACUCUGCUCUGUGGUGGUCUCCAAAAGGCACUUUUUUAGCAUAUGCCCAAUUUAACGACACAGAAGUCCCACUUAUUGAAUACUCUUUCUACUCUGAUGAGUCACUGCAGUACCCAAAGACUGUACAGAUUCCAUAUCCAAAGGCAGGAGCUACAAAUCCAACCGUAAAGCUCUUUGUUGUGAAAACCGACAAUCUCACUCUAAACACCAAUCCAUCGUCCAUAGAAAUUGCUCCUCCCGCUGCUAUAUCAACAGGGGAUUACUAUCUGUGUGACGUAACAUGGGUAAACGAAGAAAGAAUUUCUCUACAAUGGCUCCGAAGGGUUCAGAACUACUCCGUCGUGGAUAUUUGUGACUAUGAUAAGUCCACUGGCAAAUGGACUUCCUCAGCGGCACAACAGCACACUGAAAUGAGUACCACUGGCUGGGUUGGAAGAUUUAGGCCCUCAGAACCUCAUUUUACCUCUGACGGAAGGAACUUCUACAAGAUCAUCAGCAACCAAGAUGGCUACAAACACAUUUGCCUUUUCCAAGUAGAUAAGAAAGAUUGCACAUUUAUUACAAAAGGAGCUUGGGAAGUCAUCGGAAUAGAAGCUCUUACCAGUGAUUACCUAUACUACAUUAGUAAUGAACAUAACGGAAUGCCAGGAGGAAGAAAUCUAUAUAGAAUCCAACUUAAUGACUACACAAAAGUGACAUGCCCGAGUUGUGACCUGGAACCAGAGAGAUGUCAGUACUAUUCUGUAUCAUUUAGUAAAGAUGCAAAGUUCUAUCAACUCAGAUGUUCAGGCCCUGGUCUGCCCCGCUACACUUUACAUCGAAGCAGCAAUGAUGAAGAACUGAGAGUCCUGGAAGACAAUUCAGCUUUGGAGAAAAUGCUGCAGGAGGUCCAGAUGCCCUCAAAAAAACUGGAUUUCCUUAUUUUGAAUGAAACAAAAUUUUGGUAUCAGAUGAUUUUGCCGCCUCAUUUUGAUACAUCCAAGAAAUAUCCUCUCCUAAUAGACGUAUAUGCAGGCCCGUGUAGUCAAAAAGCAGACGCUGUCUUCAGACUCAGCUGGGCUACUUAUCUUGCAAGCACCGAAAACAUUAUCGUAGCUAGCUUUGAUGGCAGAGGAAGUGGUUACCAAGGAGAUAAGAUCAUGCAUGCAGUCAACAGAAGACUGGGAACAUUUGAAGUUGAAGAUCAGAUUGAAGCAGCCAGACGAUUUUCAAAAAUGGGAUUUGUGGAUGACAAACGGAUUGCAAUUUGGGGCUGGUCAUAUGGAGGGUACGUGACCUCAAUGGUCCUGGGAGCAGGCAGUGGCGUGUUCAAGUGCGGAAUAGCCGUGGCGCCCGUCUCACGGUGGGAGUAUUAUGAUUCAGUGUAUACAGAACGUUACAUGGGUUUGCCAACUUCUGACGACAACCUUGACUAUUACAGGAAUUCAACAGUCAUGAGCAGAGCUGAAAAUUUUAAACAAGUUGAGUACCUCCUUAUUCAUGGAACAGCAGAUGAUAACGUUCACUUUCAGCAGUCAGCUCAGAUCUCCAAGGCCCUGGUGGAUGCUGGAGUGGAUUUCCAAGCAAUGUGGUACACAGACGAAGACCAUGGAAUCGCCAGCAGCACGGCCCACCAACAUAUAUAUACCCACAUGAGUCACUUCAUAAAACAGUGCUUCUCUUUACCUUAGCACCUCAAAGCAGCAGGUCAAACUGUAUUAAAAGCCAUUUUCGUUCUGUCUCAAAACUGCACUGUUAUGAUGAUCUUGGAAAAAAAAAAGUACAGACAAAUCAAGAAAUUCAAGGUUACUUUUGUUCCCAAAUGUCAUAUCUAUUACCCUAAGUAGGGACUUCUGUGUUCCCAGCAGAUUAUUACGUUAAUCAAGUUUGAAUUAUUCUGUUUUUGUUUGUUAUUUAAAAUCACUUCCACAUCAGUUGCUGAAACAACAAAUAUGAGUUGUUCUUAUGGGAGCUCUGCAUAGGGUCCCUGGGAAGCAUUUAUCUGUUUCUAACUGGACUCCCCUAAUCGUGCUCUCUUCUUCAAAGGGAUGGAUGGCAAGUUGUAGGCAGUGAUUUCCCUGAAGCCAGGGCGAGAGAGGGAGGUUUAAGGAAAGAGGCAGGGCGGCAUGGCUGGGAAGCCACGUCUGAACCCGAUGACCCAACCAGGCUACUGUCAGCAACUCCUGGAGGAGAGCUGUUCACAGCCAGAUGGGCAGAGUUUUCUGAGAAAGAUCAUUUAACCAGUCUCAGGAAAUCAUAAAUGCAAGCACUGACUUCUGAGUAAAACCACAGCAGUUGAAUAGACUCCAAAGAAACGAGAAGGAAACUGGCAACAAAGCAAGGCCCGCAGGUUCUGGUUACGGCUGCAGGUGCCACGCAAGCAGGCUCGGGUGAGGGGAAGGCGCUGCCACCGGGCUUCAUAAAUACGCUUCCUGCUGAGGGGGCGCCUGGAACUGAGAGGGGAGCACACCGGCCUGCCCUGGUGAGAGGUGAAAACGUCUGUAUCACACAUUCUAACCUGAAGGAGUCCUCGCAUCAGCUUUUCUCCUGUCAUUUCUUUGAGCAGCUUAAUUACAAGGGUAUUUAACUUCCUUGGACUUGUUUUUAAAACCUGAAAAUAAACUGCAAAGUGACGUGUUAUUAUUCCCACUCUACACCCUGUGGAAUUUCUCCUGGUCAUCGAAUAAAUGUUCCUUCCUUUUUUUUAGA